GUAUUGUCCUUCUUUCUUGGAAUAAUAUAAGGGUGCAUUCACACCUAUGUUUUGGAUUGAUGUUUCAGUAACUUUUGAUAAGUAAUAUUCCGACGCAUUACAAUGUUUGUAUACUUAAUUCACUAAGAUAAUAAUUAAAACUAUAAUAAAAUAACUAUAACUAUAAUAAAAUUAUAUUUUUAACCAACAAGAAAUCGUGGAAUAAUAAAAUUUAUAAAUAUGUUGAUAAAUCAGAAAAGAUGUUGAAAACUGUAAAUGUAAACUUUAGAAAAUACAUACCCAAAAACAUAAAGAUGAACAUUGAUGGAGUUGAAAAUAUCGUAUAAGCUUCAAGUAGACUCUGCACGCACUAUUUUGCGACAAAGGACAUAUUAUCAUUCUGCGCAAGUCUACAUUAAUAUAUUUAUACCGUCAAUUUACGAACAUUAUAUAUGUAAAUCCUUCAUUAUCUACUUUUCUUCGAAUAUAAAAUAAAAGAAAAAAAAUUGACGAAAAUUAUUAUUUAUAUCAAAUAAUACCUAUACGAUAAAUGCUGAAAAAAGGUUUAACGUAUUUUUCUACUUGGUAGUCACGCAAAAAAAAAAUAAAUUAUGUGUUUUGCAACAUUUUACGAGACUGAAAUGUUUUAAUAUGCAAAUUGUCUGAGCUAUAUGUGUAUAGGGCGCAAUGCUUGUUAUAUAUUCUUAUUUGUUACAUUUGAAGGAAAAAAUAUACGUAAAAUCAAUUGGAAAUAAUAUAGUUAUGCUGGAGCAAGACAAAACGUUUUGUAAAUGAUAUUUCGAAUUAUUAAUAUUGAGAUGCUCAUAAUAGAAUAUUUCUUAGAUUAUAUAUUUGAUGAUGGCUUUAUAAAUUGCUUCUGAAUUAUUAACUAAUAAGUUUCUGAGAGUAAGGAUAACACAAGUUCUUAGAAAAAAGUAUUCAGCAGUAUUAAAAAAAUUUAUUUAUAAAAAUUUUAAAUUUUUCUAACUUUUAAUAUACUGCUGUAACGUAUAGAAUGUCUGACGACAAUAGGGGAAAAAUUUACACGGGUCAAAAAUCAUUUACAUGUUUUAAAUUUUGUGGAGUAUGGGAACAACCUAAAUGUACCACAAGAUGGAAGUUAAUUUUUUAUCGAAUUUAUUCCUUUUGUAUUGUAACAAUGUAUUUUAUAUUUACGUGCUCCAUUUGCAUGCAUCUAUUUCAAAAACAUAAAGAUAACGAUGCAUUUUCACAAAGUUUAUUCUAUUCCUCAACAUUUGUAAUGUCUUUUAUAAAAAUUGUAAUUAUUUUAAAGAAACGUGAAAUAUUUAUGAAAACACAAGAAAUGCUUAUGUCUGAAGUUUGUCGACCUCAGGAUCAUUGGGAAGUCGAAAUUUUGUUUAAUUACUCGCUGAAAGGAAGGAAACUUUCCUUUUAUCAUUUGAUAGGAGUACAUAUUUCGGGAACAAUGGUUUUAAUGUUGCCAUUAACAUCGCUGUCAAAUAUAAGCCUUCCAAUCCCAUGUUGGAUACCGUUUUCUUUUGAAUCUAAGUUUGUAUUUUCUUUAUUAUAUUUGCAACAAAUAAUUUGUGUCUUCGUCGUUGUAAAUAUAAAUGGGGGAAUGGAGACAUUAGCAAUGUCAAUUCUAUUACAAAUGUGUGGUCAAUUGGAAAUAUUGAUGUAUCGUUUCGAUUCACUUUCAAAGCUACCACAAAGUAAUAAUAAUAAAUUAGUCAAUUGCUAUCAUGAAACAGAGAUUACUAAACGUUGUAUAAAAAAUCAUCUUCAUUUGUACGCGAUUAGUGAAAAUAUAAGCAAACAAUUUGGAAGCUUAAUUAUUAUGCAAUUUUUUGCUUCUAUGAUACUUAUCUGUAUCAUUAUUUAUAAUUUAUCCAAAAUGAGUUUAACCAAUGAGCAUAGUUGGUUAAUGAUUUCUUAUGCAAGCAGUUUUACCUUACAAAUUUUUAUCUACUGUUAUUUUGGUCAUCAAAUGACCGAUAAGAGCUCGGAAAUUGGGACAGCAAUAUAUUUCAUAAAUUGGCAUGCAUUAACACUUAAAACAAAGAAAAGUCUUAUUAUUAUUAUGAUGCGAUCUGCCCGACCAAUCAAAUUGAUUGCUGUAUCAGUCAUCGUCAUGUCGUUAGAAACUUUCAUGAAAAUAAUAAAAACAUCCUAUACGGGUUAUAACUUAUUGAAAAAUUAAAAAAUUUUAAACGUGUGCUUUUGCAAUUAUCAUACGGUAAAGCAUAUGAAUUAUUGGAUUAAAUAUUAUAUUUGGUUAAAAGUAAAAACUUGUGCAUUAUGAGAAUCAAAUUUAUUAUUUCAAGCAAAAUACAGGCAAACUUCACUACGGUAGGGCCUAAACAAAAGCUCUAAUAGUAAAUAAUUAUGAUUGUCAAAAUUUAGGUUAAUCGUUUUCUACUGUCAGAAAAUUGUAAUUUUUAUUGAAAAUUCAAUUUCCAAUUUUUAAAAAUUAAAUUCUUAACACUUGCACUGCAAUACUUUUGAAAUGUAAAUUGUUUUUUUUUUUUUGUUAUUUAAAGAUAAUAAAAAAUAGAAUAUUGAGUGAGACUAACAUUUUUUCCGAGUGUUUUUGAGCGAUUAAAACUUUUUUCCUGUUGUGAAAAUGUAAUAUUGGAAAUUUUUUAAAAAUUUGAAAAUAAACAAUAUAGAAAAUUGUUAAAAUUAAAACAGUUUCUAUAGGAAACUUAUUUUAUUAAUACCUUAAAAUAAUUAUUUAUGAAGUGAGCGUCAUCUUAUGCCAAUUCAGUUUGUUCCAUUUUUACGACGAAGAGUGUUAUGUAUAUACCUAAAUUCAUAUUUCCAUUUACACUCAACAUAUAAUUUUCUGUUACCUACAGGACUUCGAUGAUAAAAUAUAAGAAAAUUGAGGCAAUUUAUUCUUUUUAUAUCAUAUAAAAUACAGUUAUUUAUUAACAAAACAUUUCUGUUUAUUUCCUAUA